AUGUCCAUCUUUUGUGUUUUCUUGUUCAGUCUUCUUCAACUCUCGCUAGCAGGACACAGCGUUGAAGAAUGGAAACAAAGAUCGAUAUACCAGAUUGUUACCGAUAGAUUCUCUUUAAAUAAAGAUACGCAUGAGCGGAUUCCAUGUGAUCCAGCUCGCUUUAUGUAUUGUGGAGGAACUUGGAAUGGAAUUCGAGAUCAUCUUGACUAUAUUCAAGACAUGGGCUUUGAUGCGAUAUGGAUAUCUCCUGUUUUCGAAAAUGAAGAGGGAAAUAAGAUUGAUGGUUGGUCCUAUCAUGGAUACUGGACUAAAAACCUGUAUGAACUGAAUCACCAUUAUGGAACAAAAGAAGAUUUUAAAAAUCUAGUAGAAGAGCUACACCGAAGAGAUAUGUGGAUACUAUUAGAUAUAGCCGUAAACUCUAUGGCACUGAAUGGACCCCUUGAGAAUAUAACGUUUGAUGGAGUAAUACCCUUUAACGAUCAGUCAUACUUUCAUCCAUUUUGUUGGGUUGAUUACGAAUUGAACGAUAUUGAAAUUGUGCAGAAUUGCUGGCUUGGAGAUGAUAAUCUAGUUUUAGCGGACUUAGAUACAGAAAAUCCAACUGUUGUGGAAACAUUGGUAAAAUGGAUUCACGAUGUGGUUGAGGAAUAUGAUAUUGACGGAAUUCGUUUCGAUGCUACAAAACAUGCUCCUAUCGAGUUCUGGUCGAAAAUGGCAGAGGCUGCUGGCGUAUUUACGAUUGGCGAAUACUUUACAGGAUCUCCAACUGAAGCCUGCGAUUAUCAGAAUGCAGGUUUAGAUUCCUUUUUAAACUUUCCUCUUUAUUGGCCUAUCACUUGGGCUUUUAACAAUACUGGUCUUCAAUGUGAGGCACUUGCAACGGUAAUUAGCCAAAUUCAUUCUCAAUGUCGGGAUGUGAAUGCCUUGGGAACGUUCAUUGGAAACCACGAUUUACCCCGGAUUAGUCACAAUAACACAGAUCAAGCCCGUGUCAUGAAUGCAAUCUCCUUUGUGAUGAUGUGGGAUGGAAUACCUAUAAUUUAUUAUGGGACAGAACAAAACUACAAUACCUAUCAUGAUCCUUUCAACCGAGAAGCACUUUGGUUGUCGAAGUACGACACAGAAAACGUUUACUAUAAAUUAAUCGCAAGCUUGAAUCAGUUUCGAAAGUCUGUCCAAAAGAAAGACCCAGAAUACGUAAAUACCCAAUCUACUAUCCUGAAAGUUCAACUUCAUUAUAUAGUGAUUCAGAAGCAUAAAGUUAUCAGUGUUUUAGGAAAUUGGGGUGUUCAUAGUCAAGAAGGCUUGACAAUUUCAUUUACCCCUUUGGGUGCUAACACUGAAGAUGUAUAUUUGGAUAUUAUUAGCGAUAAGGAGUACAAAGUGAAUCAGCAAGGCAAGCUAAAUGUUCAGAUUUUCCAUGGAUUUCCUGUUGUGUUGUAUCCCCAAACGCAGGAUCGGAUUUUGCUUCCCAACUUCACUCCUACUCUCUUACCAGAGACUACUUUUAUUCCUAGUAUCACGAUUACAACCCAUUAUGUGGAGCCCACGUACGAUGUCCCUUUUGGUUAUGAUAUGCACGAUCAUCCCGGUGGCCAACGAUUCUGGAAGUCCAUUAUUUCGCAAAAGAGCUCUUCAACUGAAAAGAAUCCAUCUCCUGGGAAAACACUUCCCAUUCUCUUAUCUUUUUUUACCUUCUUCUUGCCUAUCUUUGUUCUUGCAUGA